CAGCUGGAAGAGAAAGCAAAAGAAAGUGAAACCAAAAGUAGAAACAGAGCGGUGUGAUUCAACUGUGCUUUACAGACCGGAGAGAUUAUAAAAUAACUACUGACAACAGAAAUGGCUUGUGCCAGUAGUCUAAUGGUGGAGGACAACUUUCUUUGCUCCAUCUGUCUGGAUGUCUUCAAUCAACCUGUGGCGAUUCCCUGUGGUCACACCUUCUGUCGUGGCUGCAUCACAUUCCACUGGGACACUAACAAACCUUUAUUCCUGUGUCCACUGUGUAACAAGGAGUACUCAAAGAUACCAGACCUUUGUGUCAACACUGUCCUCGCUAAUGCUGCCGAAAAGGUGAAAAAGACCAUUCAGGAAAGACCCCGUGACACCCCCGAAAAAGCAGGAAGUGGACAUGUGCUCUGUGGUAUGUGUACUGGGGGGAAGCUCAAAGCCACCAAGUCCUGCUUAACAUGUUUCAUGUCUUACUGUGACGCACAUCUGGAGCCUCAUCAGAGAGUUUUACCCUUGAGGAAACACAAGCUGAUCAACCCGGUCGAGGACCUCGAGAGCAGGAUCUGCAAAGACCAUGGUGAGCCUUUGGAGAUGUUCUGCAAAGUGGAUUUAAUGUUUCUAUGUAGAGUCUGUGUAGACAGUGACCAUAAAAGCUGUAAUACAGCGAGUGUGGAGGAGGAGGCUGAAAAGAGGAAGGAUGAGCUGGGAAAAGAAAAGAAAGACAUGGAUCAGAUGAUUCAGACGCAUCAGCAGAAACUUCUAGAGAUCCAACACUCAGUGGAGGCGAGUGGAAAUAAUGCAGAGAAGGCGCUGGCAUACAGCAAGCAUGUGAUGACUGCUCUGGUGGACUACAUCAGGAGAAGCCAAGUCGAGCUGAGUGAGGUGAUUCAGACGAAGAAGAAAAAGAUUGAAGAAGAUGGGAAAGGCUUCAUUAAAGAACUGGAGGAAGAGAUGAUGCAAAUAAAGCAAAAACAAUCUGAACUUGAUCAGGUCACUGGCAUCAACGACUCCUUUGAAUUCCUGCAGAGUUUCCUUUCUCUCACCAUCACUCCUCCACAGGUGAAGGACUGGUCUGAGGUGACUCUUAACAGCGACCAGUUUACUGUGCAGGAAACAUUGAUGAAGCUGGAGACAACAGUGACAAGAGAAAUCAGGCUGCUGUGUGAUCCCGACUUGAAGAAAAUGCAGUUUCAUGCCGUGAAUCUGACUCUUGAUCCGGACACAGCGAACCCUUCUCUCAUUGUUUCUGAGGACGGGAAAGAAGUCAAGUGUGGAGACAGAAAGAGGAACGUCCCGGACAAGCCAGAGAGGUUCGAUCAUGUCCUCAAUGUCCUCGCAAAGGAGAGUUUUCAUUCUGGAAAGUUCUACUUUGAGGUCCAGGUCCGAGGGAAAACCCAGUGGGAUCUAGGAGUGACUAACCAGUCCAUCAACAGGAAGGGGGACAUGAGACUGAGCCCUAAGAGUGGAUACUGGACCAUCUGGCUGAGAAAAGGAAACGAGUUCACGGCCAAUGCUGGCCCUGCUAUCAACCUCCACGUGAGAGAGAUUCCUCAAAAGGUCGGAGUGUUCGUCGAUUAUGAAGAAGGUCAAGUUUCCUUCUACGACGUUGACGCCAGGGCUCGCAUCUUCUCCUUCACUGGAUGUAACUUCACUGAGAGACUCUUUCCAUACUUUGGACCCUGCGGUAACGAAGGCGGUAAAAACUCAGCCCCACUGAUCAUCACUCCUGUCUGUAACAACAUCUGAGUUUUGGUUUUGUUAGUGAAGGACACAGGGUGAGGGGAGACAGCUUCAAAUCUGUGAGAGACACCCUGUAGACCUCACACACACACACACACCACACAGUUAAAAACACAAUCUCACAGUAGUUACAUACUACCACAGAUCAAAAUAAAAGGUGUUAUCAUAAAAGGUGAGUUUUGUACAUUUUGUUACCUUGUUAAUGAGUCAAAAUGAAUUCAUCUUCAACACUGUUUGUAAUGAUAUCUAAAUAUGUCGGUUACUCAGAGACGGCAUGUUGAACAGUAUAUUGAACAGCAGUGGUAAAUAAUCCUUUCUCUGGCUCUUUAAAGGCUGUUGGCUAUUUUAGCUGAGACCGAACUUGAGACUUGAGACUGAAAUUAAAGUCUGCUUUAAACUGCAGUUAAGGAAUACAAAUCAUCUCUAAAUAAAAACCUCUGCUGUAUGUGAAAUGAGCUCCAGUUAGUGCUAAUAAUAAUGGAUAAUGAAGUUAUGGAAAGUCAUUUGAAUGACAGUCUGCUCAGUAUUGCUUCUUCUGUGGUGAAAUAACACAGAUAAUGAUUUUUAAGCUAACAACACACAUCACAUGUAACUGCUUUUGAUCCAACUGCAGUGUGAAGCCACACUCCUCAAACCCACCAACAGCUUUUUAACAGCUCAUUCGGUUCACUUUGUUCUGUGUAUCCACAACAGAGCUGCACCGAGACGUCCAUCCUGUACUUCUGUGAAAUGCUGAUAUCAAUAGAAAAAAGAGAAUACAAGCUGUUUGUACUUUGUAAUGCUGUCUGAGAAGUGAAGGGAGCGUGUCAUAAUUACUUCUCUGUAAUUAAACCACAAAAGGAGUUUGCAACAAAAUGAUAAUAAUGCAGUUCAUAAACUUAACCAACAACGCAAAGCUUUUAAUCAAAGUGUGACUCUGAGGAGGAGCGUGUCAAAACGUUAGUCCUUUGCACCCAAAUAAAUUUGCCUUAAGUGAUUUGUGUGCUCAGUAUACUUUCUUUGGAUCCAGUCUGAGAGGAGCCCACUGAAUUAUAUAUUGAACGUCUAAGGUCCUUCUCUGAGAGCGUCGGGCUCCAUUUCUGGAGUGGCUGAAGCUCAAGAGUUUCUUCCUAUGUGAAAUCUGCUAUUUAAAUACAAUCUUGCAAUUUAAUGCUGAUAAUGUUGUUUUUCAAAAUCUAAAAGGCAAACAGUUCGUGUUCGGUUUGUUACAGAACUUUGGACAAUUGUGUCUCCAUUUUGUUUCUUAUCAUCUCAGGACAGUGGUCUUCAUUACCACUUAUCUGUGAAUGAGCACCUAACAGGUUGUUUUUUUGCAAACCUUGAAGUCAAGCUGUAUGAAGAAAUAUAAAGAUAUAGUGUCUUUAA